UGCUCCCAGCAGCCUCCGCGGUGGAUACGUCGCCAUCUUGGAUCCGCGGGACAAGAAAAUUCAUGCGAGGGAGAACUGGUGGGCGGUCCUUCCUGUGACACGACCCUUGAGUGACAGUUCUAUUUGAUUGCCUCCAGUACUGUGAGGAAAGGACACGACUCUAUGGUGAGGACUGAUGGACAUACAUUAUCUGAGAAAAGAAACUACCAGGUGACAAACAGCAUGUUUGGUGCUUCAAGAAAGAAGUUUGUAGAGGGGGUCGACAGUGACUACCACGAUGAAAACAUGUACUACAGCCAGUCUUCUAUGUUUCCACAUCGGUCAGAAAAAGAUAUGCUGGCAUCACCAUCUACAUCAGGUCAGCUGUCUCAGUUUGGGGCAAGUUUAUACGGGCAACAAA